AUGAGAAGACGCAGCAAAAGUACAGAAACCGUGAAAAUCACCAAUCCACAAACGUCAGAAGAUCAAAACAACUUUGUCCAAAUCCCUCUUGACGUAGUGAUCGAGAUUAUUGGGAGAUUGCCUUGGAAAUCCGUGGCGAGGUUUCUCGUAGUAUCGAAGUCAUGGGAAGCGUUUAUCUGUAGCCGAUAUUUCAUCACCUCGUUUCCGUUUGGGUCUUCUUUGUCGUCGCAGACUCGUCUCCUAACUACUUUCAAUGAUUGCAUAGGAAAACGCAAAUAUUUGGACUUCUUCUCGUCGUCUUCUUCAUCAACCCUUGGAUGUGAUGAAGAACAAAUCAUAUUUAAUCCCACUACUGGUAAGUCCAUAACUUUACCUAGAGUCGUAACCUGGAGAAAGAUAAUCAAGACUUAUUUCGGGUAUGAUCCAGUUAACGAUCAGUACAAAGUGUUGUGCUUGACGAAAAUCAAUGAUAAUCAUGGAUCUAUUCAUUUAGUUUACCAUCAAGUAUUAACAUUCGGAGCAAGAGAACCAUGGAGAGUGAUGGAUGAUUGUAGCAUUCCUCACUAUCCUUGGUCUAGCGGUUUGUGCAUAGAUGGUGUUUUGUAUUAUGUUGCUAUCACGGGGAAAGAAGUGUUGCUAUUUAGCAUGAUGAGAUUUGACCUAAGGUCUGAAAAGUUGGAUCUUUUAACUGGACUACCCGCAUCUCUUGAAGCUCCUGAUGCGUGUACUGUGUACUUUGAUAAAGUACAAGGAGAAAGUUGCCAUACCGACACGAGUUUCAGCAUGCACAUUUGA